AUCGUUGGCGGGGAGGUUCGCGUCGCCGCUUCCGUGCUACUCGCGCUUGGAGCCCUGAACUAGAGCCGAGUACGCGGGGCCGGCCAUCAUGUCACGUUACGGGCGGUAUGGAGGAGAAACCAAGGUAUAUGUUGGUAACCUGGGAACUGGUGCUGGUAAAGGAGAGUUAGAAAGGGCAUUCAGUUACUAUGGGCCCUUAAGAACUGUAUGGAUUGCCAGAAAUCCUCCGGGAUUUGCCUUUGUGGAAUUUGAAGAUCCCAGAGAUGCAGAAGAUGCAGUUCGAGGAUUGGAUGGGAAGGUGAUUUGUGGUUCUCGAGUGAGGGUUGAACUAUCUACAGGCAUGCCUCGGAGAUCUCGUUUUGAUAGGCCGCCUGCCCGUCGUCCCUUUGAUCCUAAUGAUAGAUGCUAUGAGUGUGGUGAAAAGGGACAUUAUGCUUAUGACUGUCAUCGCUAUAGCCGACGAAGAAGAAGCAGGUCACGGUCUAGAUCACAUUCUCGAUCCAGGGGAAGGCGAUACUCUCGCUCACGCAGCAGGAGCCGGGGUAGGAGGUCAAGAUCAGCAUCUCUUCGACGAUCAAGGUCUGUGUCUCUUCGUAGAUCAAGAUCAGCUUCACUCAGAAGAUCUAGGUCUGGUUCUAUAAAAGGAUCGAGGUAUUUCCAAUCCCGCUCAAGGUCAAGAUCAAGAUCCAGGUCUAUUUCACGACCGAGAAGCAGUCGUUCUCCAUCAGGAAGUCCUCGCAGAAGUGCAAGUCCUGAAAGAAUGGACUGAAGUUCUCAAGUUCACCCGUUAGGGAAAAGUUAUUUUGUUUACAUUAUUAUAAGGGAUUUGUUAUGUCUGUAAAGUAUAACCUAGGAAGGAUCAACCAUCUAAUGAGAAUGGAUCUGGAUUAUUAUUACUCUGUAAAAUUCACAGCAGUAAAAUAUUGUUUUUGUUGAAUGUAUUAACAUCUUAUGGUCUGGAAAUGUGGGUUGUUAUUUGGCACAUUUAAAUAAAAUGUUUCUAAC